AACGAUAUUGUUGUCAAUUGUUGUGGAAUAGCGAUCACUUGCGAAAGAUUUACUCAGUAUCCUUGGACUGUUAGAGUCGUUUAAAUCCUUGAAGUAAAUCAUAUUUCAUUUUAAAGGUAAUGAAGGCUCAUGAGAUGGAUAUCGACAGUUCAAUAACCUUAGCACCUCACGAAGUCCGUGAUAUAAUGGCUGCAUCUGAAAAAAAUGAACUUACUUUGAGGGAAAUGAUGGAUGACAGCAGCGCAACCGGCAUGAUUUUAAAAGCGAAGGAGCCGUGGAGAGAUGUCAUGUCUAAACUGUAUUAUGAUUAUCUACAUAGUAUACAAAUGAAUUUUUCAGAGGCACAGGUUUUUGACACUGUUGCAGAUUUCAUACAGAAUUGCGCAGACACUUUAGACUUAAUGAGAGGUAUGCAAUCAAAAGUGGAAACUUAUAAAGUGUCGGAAGAAGAAGUAUCUUUAGAGAAUGAAAGGAACACAUGGAGGCUUGUUUAUUGUUUAUAUCAAAACCGAUUGAACAGCGUUAACUUUUCCACUCCAAUGGAAGAUGAUACAAAUGAAAUUGGUUCUUGCAUAUCUGAAAAAAUUAUAAUAGAAAAUUUAUUCAAAACUGAAAGUUAUAUCAGAGAGUAUCAGUUAAUAAUUGAUUGGUUGGAAAAGAAUGCAUUAGAUCAAGCAGACAAGUGUCCAUCGACUGAAUAUUUCACUGAUAAAACUCUUGCAUGGGAGAACACAGUUCAACAAUUGCUUACUUAUAAAGACAAAAAGUCAAUUCCAUUUCGUUCAACUAGACCACUGGUGUCAUCUCUUGAUCCUGAUGCUCCAAUUAGAGAAGGUAAACCUCUACACGAUUUGGACAGGGAAGAUGAUGCAAGGCUUGAAAAAAGAAUGUUCAUAGAGGUACGCUGCGGUCGGCUUACUAAAGCGCAAGCACUGGCUGAACACUGUGGACAGCCUUGGAGGGCUGCUUGUUUACUAGGCUGGAUACCUCAUCAUGAUCCUAAUUAUAAAAAUCCAUUAUCUGACACUAAAUUAUCCAUUGAGGGAAAUCCUAAUAGAAGUCUUUGGAAAUUAUGUGCAUGGGAACUUUGUCAAGAUAAGCGCGUAGGUCAGUUUUAUCGCGCCAUUUAUGCCAGUCUUUGUGGAAAUGUUCAACAAAUGCUGCAGAUAGCGUGUUCUUGGCAGGAUGCAUUGUGGGCUUAUAUAAAAACUUUACUGGACAUUAAAGUCGAAAGAGAGGUGAGAGAUCUGGUAAUUAAAAGCUUCACGGAUAUGCCUGAGGAUUAUUGGAAGAACGAGAUAUCUCUGGAAGACGUCUUUACAGAGCUCCACGCAGCCAAAAAUCCUAUUAUUCGCUCUCAAUCCAAUAAGCCAGAUCAUUUGAUUCAAAAAUAUUUGAUACUCGAUCAAAUACCUAAAUUAAUGGAGGAAAUAGAGAAUAUGAUAGAUAUGAGGGUCUGUGAUCCUCAUUUCUUACGGUUUUUAGCUCAUCUGAUAUUCUUUUUCCGACAAAUCGGAAAGAAUGUAAACGACAAAGUUGGAGAUAAAGUAUUAAUGGCAUACGUCGACGUUCUGAUCGACAUGGAUGAUCCGAUUUUAAUCGCUUUCUAUACGGCCAUGUUGCCUCGGGAGUCCCAAGUCACCACUUACGCAAGCUACUUGGAGAAUAUAAAGGAUUAUGAACAGCGUAAGAAAUGCCUGACUGCAGCAGAGGACGCGAAUUUGAACGUGGAAGCGAUAACAAAGUUAGUGGUAGAACGUAUACGCUUCAAGAACGUGGACAUUGAUUCUGCGGACUUGAAAGGCACGAUAACCGAUGCCGAUCUAGAGAAAAUUAAUGCGUUAGACUGGCUAAUAUUUUAUCAAAGUCAACGGGAAGAAGCGUUAUGGCAAACUAAUGCUCUUAUAAGAUACUUUUUAACAAGUGAAAAGAUUGAUGCUGCACGAAAAGCAUUUAACAAGAUUCCAGCAGAUUCGAUUGAAUCUGUCAUGUCUGAAUAUCCAACAAUGGAUGGCACCAUAACGAAUCUUACGAUUAUGAAUAAUUUAUCGAAAAGAGCAGCUUUAGCUAUUCGAGAGUACCUUUGUUAUAAAACUUAUCUUGACGCCCAAGAGGGUUUUGCUGAGUGGUUUUCUCAUUAUCAUCAUGGGAAACCCACUCCUUUAAAAGAAUUACCUCCAUACGCCACUUUCACCGAGAAGGUUGCACAUGAACAUAAACAAGCACAGUAUAAUACAGAAAUGGAGAGGUGGAAAUGCACGAUGCAACAUCAUACCAAGGCAGUUAAACAAUUACUUUUCAACGUACUGUUGUUUCCUGAUGGUGGUUGGCUCGUUGAUUCGAAUAAUAACGACGACGAAUCGUGUACACCGGAAGAAGAAGCGCGAGAACACGAAAUGGAAAAGUUACGGCAGCUUUGUAUCUCAAAAAUUACCCUUCUUCUGCAUUCGGUGAUGUCCGAAAUGAACGAGCACGCCAACUGCAUUCAGUUGGCGGAUAUUCUUGCCUCGGAGCAGUAUCAACUUUACAACGUGUUCCAGAAGAGUAGGUUACGUGAAAUAUUUAAGAAAAUCUGUGAAUCUUCACUUGUUUUAAUGGAUCAAAAGAAAGAUCCUUGGGGUUACCCGAAGUGAACCUUGUAGAGAAAUCAUAGACGAUAAUUGAGAAGAGUACCGUGAAAGAAGGUUUGGAUUUCUGUGACAACAUUAUCCGCGGUUACCGCUGGUGGUUUUCACCGAUCCGUAUCUUCCUGUAAUUUAAUUGUAUAUGUAAUAAUGCGAGUCUGUUGUUCGCGGCUCGAAUCGUCGAAAGCAUCCUGUACAAAACCGCCACUAUUUUUUUCUUUUUUAUAAAACCAGUUUAUUG